AUGUCGGAGAGAACAAUGGCGUGGCAAGUACUGUCCUUUUUUCUUGUAGUAUGUCUCAGUUCGGUCUCUGGACAGGCCAGUUACUCGAUACCCGAAGAGAUGCCAAAAGGCUCCGUGGUAGGCAACAUAGCGCAAGAUCUGGGCUUGGAUUUAAAGCGCCUUAGAUCAGGCAAAGCUCGUAUUUACACGGCAGACAGCACUGAAUACAUCGAGCUGAAUAAAGAAAGAGGACUGCUCCUCAUUAACGAGAGAAUAGAUCGAGAGGCAUUGUGCGGACAGACGACGCCAUGUGCCCUGCAUUUUCAGAUAUUUCUCGAAAAUCCUAUAGAAUUUUAUCACGUUAAUGUUGAGAUUAUUGAUAUUAAUGAUCACGCGCCGUUUUUCAAGAAAGGUGAAAUACAUUUCGAGAUUAGUGAAUCUGCUCUCGCUGGUGCAAAAUUUGUCUUAGAGCAAGCUAUGGAUCAGGAUGUAGGCGCCAACGGUCUUCAGAGAUACUCGUUGAAACCAACUGAUCAUUUUGAUAUAAAAUAUGUAAGUCAACCAGAUGGAGGCAAAAUAGUUGAACUAGUUUUGCAGAAACACCUAGACAGGGAAGAGAAGGAUAAUUUAUCCUUGGAGUUAAUAGCUAUCGAUGGAGGAGAGCCAGCGCUUUCCGGAACUGCGCAGAUACAUAUCACUGUUUUAGACGUGAAUGACAAUGCGCCUGUUUUUACGCAGGCAGCUGUUAAAGCUUCGGUGAAAGAAAAUUCUCCUAUAGGCACUGCUGUUGCAAAUGUAAAGGCAUCCGACUCAGAUAAGAAUUCUAACAGCAAAAUUAGGUAUUCAAUCACAAACACUCUUGAUGGUGUCCCCGCAAUGUUUGAUAUAGAUGAAGAUAAUGGGACAGUAAAAAUAAUUGGACUCAUAGAUUACGAAAAGGCUUCGCAUUAUCAGAUUAAUGUAAGAGCAAGCGACCAUGGGGGACUGACGGAUUCCUGUAAAGUCAUAGUGGAUGUUAUUGACAUGAAUGAUAACAAGCCAGACAUUAAAAUUAUGUCAAAAUCAAGUGCGCUGUCCGAAGAUGCUAAACCAGGCACAGUAGUGACAGUAAUAAACGUGCAAGAUCCAGACUCAAAUGAAAAUGGAAAAGUGCAGUGUUCAAUAACUGACAACAUCCCUUUUGCACUAAAAUCUUCAUCAAACAAUUUUUUUAGCUUGGUCACCGAUGACGAGUUAGAUCGAGAGAGAGACGCUGAAUAUAAUAUCAGUGUGACGUGCACUGAUGAAGGCGUGCCCUCGCUCUUCAGCAGCGUCACUCUCUCCUUGCAGAUAUCAGAUGUGAAUGACAACCCGCCAGCAUUUGAAAAAACUUCAUAUGAUGCCUCCAUCGCAGAAAAUAACUCACCAGGCGCUUCUAUAUUAACAGUAAAAGCCAAAGAUAAUGACUGGAAGCAGAAUGCUCAUGUGACUUACAUACUGGAGGACUCGACUGUAAAUGGAGUCGCCAUAUCGUCUUUUGUGUCUGUCAGUGCCGAUAGUGGCGUCAUAAAGGCAGUGCGCUCUUUUGAUUAUGAGCAAAUAAAGGCUUUUCAGUUCUUCGUGAAAGCGCAAGACGGUGGCUCUCCUCCACUCAGCAGUAAUGUGAGUGUUAAAAUAGCUAUCUUAGACCAGAAUGACAAUUCGCCUCAGGUUCUGUAUCCAGUGCAAACUAGUGCUUCACUUGUGGCAGAGGUGGUACCUCGCUCAGCAGAUGUGGGCUAUCUUGUCACUAAAGUGGUUGCUGUUGAUGUGGACUACGGACAGAAUGCCUGGCUCUCCUAUAAACUGCUGAAAGCAACAGACAGAGCACUCUUUGAAGUAGGCGCUCAGAAUGGAGAAAUAAGGACUAUCAGACAAGUCACCGACAAAGACCCCGUGAAGCAGAAACUGGCGGUUGUGGUUGAGGACAACGGGCAGCCCUCCCGCUCUGCUACAGUUAAUGUAAACGUGGCGGUGGCAGACAGUUUUCCUGAAAUGCUGUCGGAGUUCGCUGAGUUUAACAACGAUAAGGAAUACAAUGACAAUCUGACAUUUUACCUCGUAUUGGCCCUGGCUGUUGUUUCAUUCCUAUUCAUUGUGUCCAUCAUAGCCAUUCUCUCAGUUAGGUGCUACAGAUGGAGACGUGAGAGGAUGUUUUAUAAGUCCAACGGCAAUCUCCCUGUCAUUCCGUAUUACCCGCCCCUUUACGCAGACGUGGGAGGAACCGGCACUUUACAACACGUGUAUAACUAUGAGGUUUGCAGAACGACUGAUUCCAGGAAAAGUGAUCUGAAGUACGCCAGUCCACGUAGUCAGAGUAUCAUUAGCCUGGACUAUACUGGAACACUUACGCAUGGCAGAGAGAAGCAACACACUGAGGAUCCUACUGGCCAGGUGAGCCUUAUUUAA